UAUAUUUGCAACUUGGGGCAGAAGGGUCUUUGAUAUAAAUUGAGAUCUUCACAUGGAUUCUCACGGCGCCAAGAGAUCAGCUGAGCCCAACAUCUACGAGCAGCUGGCCAAGAAGAUUUGGCGUCCCAAUGUCAUGGAUGGCACACAAGGCGCAUCCGUGCGCAUGGAGGAGAUGCCGACACCGCCGCCCCCUCCACCGCCACCCGAGAGACCCACGGACGGUGGCACCGCAAUGCGGCCAACAGCGGCGGCAACAACAAUAUUCUUGACCGAAGUGCUGAGCGCACUUUAUGGCGACACGACGGGGCAUCCGGAGCAUGGCAGCUUCAGUUACCACAAGGCAGCCGAGCACUAUGCACUCUCCGGCGAUGAUUUGCUGUCGUAUCUGAAACCGCCGACCAAGAGUUCAGCUCAGCAAAAGUCACAGCCGCCGCCGGGAUUCGAGCGUGGCGCCAAAGCGUUGUACGAUCGCAAGCAGGCAGCUGCCACAGCACAUGCCACACGUCAUGGCAGUUCCUCAGCUUAUCAUCCCGUCAGUCAGUCACAACAGCAAUGUCCGAGUGCAAGUGGAGUAGAUCCUGGCGUGACAGGACGUGCUGCUGUCUCCAGUGCCGCCUCCAUUAACGAACUGUCGCACAUGUACAUGCAGCUGUUGCACCAUCAACUGCCACAGCAGCAGGCACAGCAGCAACAACAUCUGGUUGCCGGUGGCUCCAACAACAUGUCCAUGCCCAUUUAUGGCAUGGCUAGCGGCAAUGCCAAUGAUAUUAGCCAGGUCUAUGCUCAGCUGCUGGCGGCUAAUCUGCGUCAGAAUGCCACACAGCAUCAUCAGCAUCAGCAGUUGCAACAGCAGCAACAGCAACAGCAGCAACAGCAACAACAGCAACAGCAAUCCACAAAUGCUGCUGCUGCUGCUAUACUCUAUGAAGCGAUGCUGCAACAACGUUUCUUGCAACAAUUGCAGCAGCAACAAGCACAGUUGCAACAACAGCAGCAACAGGCGCAACAACAACAACAGCUGCCUCGCACUCCCCGUGGCAUCUACGGCGGCAAUUAUUGUUCUGGUGCUGCCAACAAGCCUCCAUCGCCAGACAACAAAUAAUGCAACAAUUUCCAUAAUUAUUCGAUAAUUAAUUAUCAAUUAUCAUCAACUGCUUUCGUUUGUCGGCAGUUUUUUGUUAAUUGUUUAUUAAUUGAUCAGUUGUAAUAA